CGCGACCUAGCGGGUGGGCCGGCAGCUCCGUGCGCUUUGCAGCUCCUCUGCGCCAAGGUCCCAACUUGGCAGCUCCGGGCGAUCCGGCGCAGCGUCCGGAGGCUGUCCGGAAGGUCGGGCUGGGCGAGCAGCGCCAGGCCCCUGCGCUCUCUCGGCCGCUCAGUCUCGAACCCAGCCCCUGGCAGCCACGCCGGACGCGCACUCACACUCCCUCUCGGCGCGCGGCUCUGGGGCGCGAUGGACGCGGCACUGCUCCACAGCCUGCUGGAGGCCAACUGCAGCCUGGAGCUGACAGAAGAGCUGCUCUUGGACGGCUGGGGGCUGCCACUGGACCCCGAGGGGCCCUACUCCUACUGCAACACGACCUUGGACCAGAUCGGGACGUGCUGGCCCCGGAGCGCGGCCGGAGCUCUGGUGGAGAGGCAGUGCCCCGAGUACUUCAACGGCGUCAAGUACAACACGACCCGGAAUGCCUACCGAGAGUGCUUGGAGAAUGGGACCUGGGCCUCACGGAUCAACUACUCACAGUGUGAGCCCAUUUUGGAUGAUAAGCAGAGGAAGUAUGACCUGCACUACCACGUCGCGCUCAUUAUCAACUACCUGGGCCACUGCGUGUCUGUGGCGGCCCUCGUGGCUGCCUUCCUGCUUUUCCUGGCCCUGCGGAGCAUCCGCUGUUUGCGGAACGUGAUUCACUGGAACCUCAUCACCACAUUUAUCCUGCGAAAUGUCACAUGGUUCCUGCUGCAGCUCAUCGACCAUGAAGUGCAUGAGAGCAAUGAGGUCUGGUGCCGCUGCAUCACCACCAGCUUCAACUACUUUGUGGUGACUAACUUCUUCUGGAUGUUCGUGGAGGGCUGCUACCUGCACACGGCCGUCGUCAUGACCUACUCCACCGAUCGCCUGCGCAAGCGGCUCUUCCUCUUCAUUGGAUGGUGCAUCCCCUGCCCCAUCAUCAUCACCUGGGCCAUUGGCAAACUCUACUAUGAGAAUGAACAGUGCUGGUUUGGCAAGGAGCCCGGCGACCUGGUGGACUACAUCUACCAGGGCCCCAUCAUCCUCGUGCUCUUGAUCAAUUUUAUAUUUCUGUUCAACAUCGUCAGGAUCCUAAUGACAAAGUUACGAGCAUCCACCACAUCGGAGACGAUCCAGUACAGGAAGGCGGUGAAGGCCACCCUGGUUCUCUUGCCCCUUCUGGGCGUCACCUACAUGCUCUUCUUUGUCAGCCCUGGGGAGGACGAGCUGUCACAGAUCGUGUUCAUCUAUUUCAACUCCUUCCUGCAGUCGUUCCAGGGUUUCUUUGUGUCCGUCUUCUAUUGCUUCUUCAAUGGAGAGGUGCGCUCGGCUGCGAGGAGGAAGUGGCACCGCUGGCAGGACCAUCACUCCCUCCGAGUCCCCGGGGCCCGCGCCGUGUCCAUCCCCACGUCACCCACGCGGAUCAGCUUCCACAGCAUCAAGCAGACGGCCGCUGUAUGACCCUCAGCACCCUCACCU